AUGCGCGUGCGAGUCGUGGAUUCUACAGACCUGGUAGAAGAGGCUCCGUGGGAAAAGGAGAGGCGGUCAGUAUCCCCGUUCCCACCAGGCUCGCAGCGCCCCAUGCAGAGGGAACCCGGAGCACAAGGGAAGGUCCAGCCUCCGCGGAACCAAGCAUCUCGCGGGCGCGUAAGGUGCGGCUCGAAGGCUCACCAGACGUUCCAGUGCCCGGAUAAGUAUGUCAAGAGGCUCAGUGGUGCGAACGUUGCCGAGAAGGACGAGAAGGUCCUCGGAGGCUUGAUUGCGGCGCUAGUGGCUGAGCGCGAUGUGGACAAGACGAAGAUCAUCAUAGAGAUGGAAGAGAGUGCCCCCUUCUACCGGACCACGAUGGAGCGUGGCCUGGGCAUUGGCGACUUCGGCUGCACCGACUCUGUGGGCGGCGUGCAGGCCGUGGACGCCGCCGCCCAGGUCUACCUGAAGCGGCAGGGCGACAGCAGGCUCACGGACGUUGGCCUGGGCCACAAGCCGGUCCACUCUUGGGGCGACGGUGAACGGGGGCGCGCGCGCGGCAGGGUCCGCCUCCAGGUGCAGCCAGGAGGACUCAUGGGCAACGCCAGCAACAACGCAGUCGACAAGGAUAUCCCGACUCUGACCAGCAGUGGGGUUGCGCGGGAUUCCUCGGGCAGCGACGCGUGCGCAGUGGAGCCCCCGGGGCUCCGAGCCGCGCUCGCGGUCCUGCAUCGCAUCCGCCCCAUGGAGCAUCGACGGGGGCGAGCUCCCAGACCAUCCAGCGCCGCCUUCGGGGGCGAGGCCAGAGAGGAGAAGGAGGCGUGA